UGCUUCUCAUGCUAUCUGGCUUCAGAUCACUUUACCUACGUGUGGCCAAACGUUACUAGACCCGUUUAUAAACUAAUUUACAGUUAUAUUUUCACGCGCGUCUGGACGUCGCUUCUGUGGCGACAUAACAUGCUGCUGAGAUGAAAAAGACGUGAUCGUAGGUGUUGUCAGAUGCAGGCAGGUGUUGUAAUCAGGAGCAGUGGGCAGGACUGCAGGUAUGGACACCUGGACACCCAAUCCAAGAGCCAAGCCCUUCAUCCCCCGCCAGCAGCGCAGCCUCUACCUCACCUGGAAAUACAGACUCACCAACAAAAGAGCAGUACGGCGAAUCUGCCAGGUCAGUGCUGUCCUGUUUCUUCUGAUCACAGUGAUUGUGAAUAUCAAACUCAUUCUUGAUACAAGGAGAGUUGCGAUUGAAGAGGAUGCUGCUCAAGAUUACGAUGAUGCCAUGCCCAACAUGGAAACCCCACGAAGACCAGCCAGUGAGAGGAAGGUUUUGGAUAUUGAGGUGUAUUCUAGUCGCUCUAAGGUGUACGUUGCAGUGGACGGCACAACGGUGCUGGAGGAUGAGAUGAGGGAGCAGGGUAGAGGCAUUCAUGUUAUUGCUCUUAAUCAGGCCACUGGUCAUGUGAUGGCCAAAAGAGUGUUUGACACUUAUUCUCCCCAUGAGGAUGAAGCCAUGAUCCUAUUCCUCAACAUGGUCACACGUGGCAGAAUCCUCAUCUUCACUAUCAAGGAUGAGGGGACUUUCCACUUGAAGGAUGCUGCAAAGAACCUUUUGAAAGGUUUAGGGAGUCAGGUGGCUGUCACAUUAAGCUGGAGGGACAUGUGGACUCUGGUAGUGAUAAAGGGAGGUCAAGUGUAUGGGGAAAAGCACUCUAAGUCUCCUGCUCUCUCUACAUGGGGUGACCCUGUGCUGCUAAAGACUGAGGUUCAGCUCACUGCUUCUGAAGAGGCAGAGUGCCAUUGGGCAGACACAGAGCUGAACCGCAGGAGGAAACUCUUCUGUAGUAAAGUGGAAGGUUAUGGGAGCAUUUGUAGCUGCAAAGAUCCAGCAACUAUAGAGUUCAAUCCUGACCCACUGCCUAACAACAAUGUCCACAACAUCCCAGUUGCAGUUAUAGCUGGAAAUAGACCAAACUAUCUCUAUAGAAUGCUGCGCUCUCUCCUUUCCUCCAAUGGCGUCAAUCCACAGAUGAUCACUGUUUUUAUUGAUGGAUACUAUGAGGAACCCAUGGAUGUGGUCGAGCUCUUUGGUCUUAAAGGAGUUCAGCAUACACCUAUCAGCAUCAAGAAUGCUAGAGUGUCACAGCACUAUAAAGCCAGCUUGACUGCAACCUUCAGUCUGCAUCCAUAUGCAGAUUUUGCCAUUGUCCUGGAGGAGGAUCUUGAUAUUUCCAUAGAUUUCUUCAGCUUUCUCAGUCAGACCAUCCAUUUGUUGCGUGAGGAUGACAGUCUUUAUUGUAUCUCAGCCUGGAAUGACCAAGGCUAUGAGCACACAGCUGAGGACCCUUCUCUGCUCUACAGAGUGGAAAGUAUGCCUGGUCUUGGCUGGGUGCUUAAAAAAAGCCUUUACAAGGAUGAACUGGAACCCAAAUGGCCCACUCCUGAAAAGCUGUGGGAUUGGGACAUGUGGAUGCGGAUGCCGGAACAGAGGAAGGGCAGAGAGUGUGUCAUUCCUGAUGUCUCUCGCUCCUAUCACUUUGGUAUCAUUGGCCUUAACAUGAAUGGUUACUUCCAUGAAGUUUACUUUAAAAAGCACAAGUUCAACACAAUUCCAAACGUUCAGAUGAAGAAUGUAGAUAGCUUGAAUAAAGAUGCUUAUGAGAUUGAAAUUCAAAAUUUACUACGUGAGGCAGAGGUCCUGGACCACAGUAAAAACCCAUGUGAAGACUCGUUUAUCCCGGACACUGAGGGAAAGACCUUUGUGAUGUUCAUCAAAAUGGAGCAGGAGACAGACACAAAUACUUGGACAGAAUUAUCAAAGUGCCUGCACGUGUGGGACCUGGAUGUACGAGGUUAUCACAAAGGACUGUGGAGGCUCUUCAGAAAAAAGAACCAUGUCCUAGUGGUGGCUGUUCCAAUUUCACCCUACUCUGUUAAGAAGCCCAAUAAUGUCACUCCCAUUCACCUGGAGCCUGCACCUAAAGAAGAGGGACCUCCUGUGGAACAGAUUUAGAACAGUCCUAAUCCAACCCAAGGGCCUUUUCUAACCACUUACAGACAAGGCCUACGUCAGGCCGAUACUGGGCCUUAUUUUACUGUUAAGGCCAUUGCAAGACAACAAAGUGGGUGAGCUAUACAGUAGGAUCAACCUCUUGGCUUAACCGUCCUGUGCUGGUAGCCUUUUGAAAUACAGGUUCUUUUAAAUUAGAAUGAUAUUAGUGUGAAUUUCUUAAAAUCGUGUGUAACGGAACCUUCUCAUGUUGUUGGUAAAAUAUGUGUUGUGCAUUGGAAGCUGUUCCUGAGGUCAUGAAAUUUCAUAUGUGUUAAUGCUGGGAGGUUUGUCAUUAGAAAUGAACUGAUAGAUGGUUUAAAGAAUUACUGGUACCACAAUAAAAGCCAGUGCUGGUUUGAGUUACUGAAUGUGACAGGAGAUUACAUCAAAUCAGGAUGCUGCAAAAAAAGUGAUUAAGAGAAUAUGGUUGACUAAAGCUAUUUUUUAAACACUACUGAGUGCUUUGGGCAGUCCUGCACAUACGUUUUAACUUAUGACUAUUUAUUUUGUCAAUAUCAAGAUAACUGUAGGUUUAUUUUUCCUUAACAAAUUUACUUUUAAACAAGAACAAUAGGCUGCAUAAAGAAACAACAGGCCUGAAUUUGUUUACAAAUAAAUCUAUGUUCAGACAUAUUUUUAGAACAAAAGACAUAUUUGUGAGCAUUCAUUUUCUGAUGCUAUGGGUUUUAUUAAAGGAGCUCAUUGGUGACUGAGAACAUAAAAUCAGUAUUCCAAACUACACAUAAUUACCUUAAAGCAAUAUUACACCCAAAAAUGACAAAUCUGUCAUGAUUGACAUUAACUUAAUUUUUACUCCCAUUCACCAAAACUGUAUGACUUUCUCCUGAAAAAAGAUGUAAUGAAAGUGAAAGGUGACGAAGGUGACAUUCUGCCUAAGAUCUCAUUUUGUGUUUCACAUAAGAAAGAGAGUCAUAUACUGUAGGUUUGAAAUGACAUGAGAGUGAGUAAAUGUUUUUUUUAUUUUUGAAUUUUCAUUUUUGGGUGCACUAUCCCAAAUGAGAAGCACACUGACUACCUUUACAUGUUAAAAUCAGACAAAGCAGUAUCUAGUCAGAAAAGAAAAGAGACAAAUUUAGACAAAGCUAGAAGCAGAAAUAAUAGUCAUAGUAAUAAUUUUAAAAGGCUGCAAUGAUGUGCUAAAAUGGGCCUCCAGCAACAGCUUAAAGAUUCCUCUUUCCCAGAGGACCUGAGGUGAUGCAUACAGCUUGGGUGAUAAGAUCUGUGCGUCCACACAGCCACUAAAGAGCCUUAGGAACUGCGGGAGGAUUAACACUUGAAAUCAAUGCAAUCUCAGUUGCAUCAUAGAUCUGUCGUGUGUUAACAUGUUGCUGUAUGUGAGGAUAAUUGUGAAUUAUUGAUUUAUCAUGCAAUAAUGUCCAAAUCAUUUAAUGGAAGAGAUUUCAAAAUAGAGUGGGUUUGUUUUGUUUCUGUUAUUUUGAAGUUUCAGUGGUCAGUACAACACUGAUAUUGCUACAAAAUUGUAUUUGUGGUGUCACAAAACAUUUUCAUUGUAUCUGGAACAUGUGCAAUACCAGACAUAGGUAUCAUCUCAAAAUAUAAUUGUACUCAUAAGAUACAGAAGUUCUAAUGUGUUUAUCAAAUUCUGCAACAGGCUUCUUGCAUUAGUGUUGUAUAUCUAAGUAGUUUUAGUUUGUUUUUGUUUUUCAAAAUGGUUUGUUUUUAUAUAAAAUCAAAUUUUCCUAAAA